AUGGACGAUGUCAGUCCUUGCAACCUGGCCGCCCAGAAGAAGAAGCGGAGAGUCCUGACCGGCGAGCAAAUCCACGUCCUCGAAACGACAUUCAAGUCCACCCCGAAUCCGGACGCGGCGUUGCGAACUAAGCUGUCUGGACAAGUCGGAUUGCCGGAAAGGAAUGUGCAGAUUUGGUUCCAGAAUAGGUAA